AUGUCAACCAUGCCGUUGGAGCCCCCGGCCUAUCUCAGCUCCCUCCAGAACAAUAUUCGAGCUCGUCCGAUCCCCUGGGAGGGGGCCGUCCGCGCAGGUAACAUCACCGAUGAUCAUCUGAAGAAGAUCAAGGCGGUCGAUAAGGUCCGCAAGGAGCAGCGACGUCAGACGGUGGAGGGAGACCUUCCGGGCUAUGUUGGUCUGCUAGCUGGCAGCUCCGACGGCAAGAGUGUGCUGGACUUGGCGUCCAGGAGAACCGAUAUUGUACAAUAUAUUCUGGUGUUGGCAGCCGACUUGAUCAAUGAUGUCCCGUCUCUAUCGUCCGCACUGGUGGCGCAUCCCAGCCCCUACAAGCCAUUCCUUCCCCUCCUGCGUCACUCCACGAACACCGAAGAUCCCAUCCCCCUACUCACCUCUACAUUCUUGACCAACCUCGUAUCGAUCAGCCUCGUUUCCACGUCUAAAUCCACCCCGCGGGAUGAGGAAGCGCUCCCGCAGCUUUUCACCUACCUUUCCAGCUUGACCCAGAACCAAGACAGCGGACUGCAGGAUAUCGGGGUCCAGGAACUGUCGGCGCUACUGCGUACGUCGCGAUCUCGGAAGAUUUUCUGGAAGCAGAGGAAAGAGACGGUCGAUCCCCUGGUUGAGAUCCUCCGUGCUGCUGCCGGAGCCAAAGAUACCGGCUCCAGCACUAUCGCUGGUAGCUCCCGCAUCGAGCCCGGUCUCUCGGGCGGAGUUGGCCUUCAGCUGCUUUACCGCGUUCUCCUGGUUCUGUGGCAGCUAAGCUUCGAGGGCGGUCUGAUCGGCGAUGAUCUCCAAGCGGACCAUGAGUUUAUCCAACUGUACUCCCACCUCCUGCGUCUUUCCCCCAAGGAGAAGACCACGCGCCUCCUCCUUGCCACUCUUAAGAACCUCUUGUCCUCCAACCGCACGACUCUCCUCCCGAUCGCCGUAUUCGUGCGCCUCCCCGCGCUGCUCACCAACCUUUCCGGUCGUCAUCUGACCGACCCUGACCUCCUCGAGGACCUUAAAAACUUGGCGGAUAUGCUGGAGGAGUACACCAAGACACAGACCACAUUCGAUCAGUACGCCGCCGAGCUGCAAUCGGGUCACCUGCGCUGGUCCCCGCCCCACCGCAAUCCCACCUUCUGGAAAGACAACGCCCGCCGCAUCCUCGACGACGCCAACGCCGCGCUGCCGAAGAAGCUUGCCGAGAUCAUCUCCAAGCCCUGGGACAAUGACAAGCAGGUGCUGGCGAUCGCCUGUAACGACGUGGGACACCUGGUGAAGGAACUGCCCGAGCGACGGAACCAGCUGGAGCGACUGGGGUUAAAGGCGCGCGUGAUGGAGCUAAUGGCGGACAAGGACGAGACGGUCAGAUGGGAGAGUCUGCGGGCAGUGGGCGAGUGGCUUCGCGCGACUGAGACAAGAGGCAAGACCCUGUGGACCGCAGUCGGUGAUCGGCCGCUAUCUCGACACAUUCCGUGGGCCCCGAACGGACUCAUCUUUGGGUGUGGAUUUUCCGCUGAUAACCAAACCACCCUGGUCGUGGGGCAGACUAGUUUCGCCGCAGAUAUCGAGUUCCGUCCGAGACGAAAAAGCGAAGGGGAGAGAGGGCAAACCCCAAUACCCGCCGGUGUCAAAUUCCCAUGUCUCGAUCGUUCACCGGCUGCAAACGAUGUAAAGCUCGACGGCAGAAAUGUGACGAACAACGACCGAUUUGCGGCCGAUGCAAGACGGCCGGCACGCAGUGUGGAAUACUCCCCCGGGGAAUUUAUCUACACCACGAAUGCCACCUCCCCCACCGGUGCCGUCGAAACAUUUCCCCUCGUGCAACCCGUCGAUCCGUUCUCCUCGCUCUCGUCGGACAAGAAGGCUCUCCUCCACCAUUUCCUUAACGAUGCGUCGCAGAUCACGGCCUGCCAUUCGGGCAUGCAGCGGGAUAUCUGCAAGAUGCUGGUCCCCAUGGCCCUGCAGACCCCAUCGCUGCUCUAUGCGACGAUGGCGCUGUCCGCGAUCCACCUACAAGCCUUGUACAAUCAAUCGGAGAACGUCAAGUCGGCGCCGGACAUCGCCCACCUGAUGGCUCUCAGUCUGGAGCAUUUCCGCAAGGAACUGCAAAAUCCGCAAACGAGGGGCUCGGAUGCGCUGCUGGCCACCGCUCGAACGCUCUGUCUCGCCGAGGUGCACUCAGGCGCUAUCCAUCCGAACUCGUGGCGCGCUCACAUCGAAGGCGCCAGGGCUCUGAUGGUCGCCGCUGAUAACCGGGCAGCAGCAGGAGGGGGAGGGGUGUCGCCUGGCUCGUCGGACGGGUUCCGCAGAUAUCUCGACCGGUGGUAUCGAUCGAUCGUGUCGCUGACGGCGUUAACGGGGAACGGGCCGCCCGUCGAAGUCAAGGAAGAGGUUGUGUCCGACAAUAGACAUAUCGAUGCGUCUGAAUCUCCGGACUACCUUGACGACUACUGGGGCUUCACGGUCAACCUGGCGGCGAUCUUCCGGCAGAUCGGGGCGGCAGCCUGGCGACAUCAUCCGAGCCACGCGACUCAGGGCGGUCACGAUGAAGUCGCGGUGCUUCACGAGGCGGCGACGCUCGAAUCCUCGCUGCGACGACUCAUGGACCAAGGGGCCGACUCGAUCCCCACGUUCUACCCGGGGGUCGUCGAAGGCCUAUCAGCCACGUGCAUCCAACAAUCCAUCCUCUGCAACGAAGCCUUCCAGCACGGCGCGCUCAUCCAGAUCCACCGUCGUCUGCGACGGACACCCGCGUCAGCCCCGGAGGUGCAGGCUUCCGUGAAGCGGAUUCUCGACUGCACGGCGCAGAUCGGGCCCUCGUCGGGACUAAGUCCGUGGGUGUUACUCACGACACCCUUGUUUAUCGCAGGCUGCGAAGCGCAGGGUGAGGACCGCGCGCAAGUCCGACAGUUGCUGUCUGCGCUGCAUGAUACGAUCCGCGUGCCGAACGUGUUGCAGUCGUUGAAAUUUCUGGAGCAGUACUGGGGGGAUCAGCUUGACGAGAGCGAGAGUUGGAAUCAAUUUUUAGGUAUGUUGAAUGCCCUUUCUUCGCAGUUGUGA